GGCAGGGGAGAGUGAAGUGGCUGAGUGUGGGGGCGAGACGGAAUCUGCUGUCCCCGACUAGAGCCUUGUUUACCUCCAGGACCGCUCGUCCAGGACAAGAUGGCGUCGGUCUGGGAUGAGGCUGAGGACGGCGUUGGCGAGGAGGUGCUGAAAAUGUCCACAGAGGAGAUCGUGCAGCGAACCCGCCUGCUCGACAGCGAGAUCAAGAUAAUGAAGAGUGAGGUGCUGAGAGUUACCCAUGAGCUGCAGGCCAUGAAAGAUAAGAUCAAAGAGAAUAGUGAGAAGAUCAAAGUGAACAAAACCCUGCCUUACCUCGUUUCCAAUGUCAUUGAGCUACUGGAUGUUGACCCCAAUGACCAGGAAGAGGAUGGAGCAAAUAUUGAUCUAGAUUCCCAGAGGAAGGGCAAGUGUGCUGUGAUUAAAACCUCCACUCGCCAGACAUAUUUCCUGCCCGUGAUCGGGUUAGUUGAUGCAGAGAAGCUAAAGCCUGGAGACCUAGUGGGUGUGAACAAGGACUCUUACUUGAUCCUGGAGACCCUACCUACUGAAUAUGACUCACGAGUGAAAGCCAUGGAGGUGGAUGAGAGGCCCACAGAGCAGUACAGCGACAUUGGGGGGCUGGAUAAACAGAUCCAAGAGCUGGUGGAGGCCAUUGUCCUGCCAAUGAAUCAUAAGGAGAAGUUUGAAAACCUGGGUAUCCAGCCCCCCAAAGGAGUGCUUAUGUAUGGGCCACCUGGAACAGGGAAGACCCUCUUAGCUAGAGCAUGUGCUGCCCAGACAAAGGCAACAUUCUUGAAGCUGGCUGGCCCACAGUUGGUGCAGAUGUUCAUUGGAGAUGGAGCCAAGCUGGUGAGAGAUGCCUUUGCGCUGGCCAAGGAGAAAGCUCCUUCUAUCAUCUUCAUUGAUGAGCUGGAUGCCAUUGGCACCAAGAGGUUUGACAGCGAGAAGGCUGGCGACCGGGAAGUGCAGAGGACCAUGCUGGAGCUUCUGAACCAGCUUGAUGGAUUCCAACCCAACACACAAGUCAAGGUGAUUGCUGCAACCAACCGUGUGGAUAUCCUGGACCCUGCUCUGCUCCGGUCUGGACGCCUAGAUCGCAAAAUUGAGUUCCCGAUGCCCAAUGAGGAGGCCAGAGCUAGGAUUAUGCAGAUCCAUUCACGCAAGAUGAAUGUCAGCCCUGAUGUGAAUUACGAGGAGCUGGCUCGCUGUACAGAUGACUUCAAUGGAGCACAGUGCAAGGCCGUGUGUGUGGAAGCGGGGAUGAUUGCACUUCGGCGUGGAGCCACAGAGCUCACCCAUGAGGACUAUAUGGAAGGAAUCCUGGAGGUUCAGGCCAAGAAAAAAGCCAAUCUGCAAUACUAUGCCUAAUCUCUGCACCGCAAUCAGGACAUGGUAUCAACUGAGCUGUGGGUUUGUGACUGAACUGUGCACAGCUGAUGUAUCCCACAUUCCAGACAGACAACUGGGGACAAAGCCUCUGCAGGAACAGUGUACAAAAUGAGCAUAAGCCAAGCUUGCUUGGGAAAAUAAAUUAUAAAUCUUCUGGA